GUAGCAUUACCAUCCAACGACGACAAUAUGGCGUACGUCAACGUCAACCGGUCACUUAACGACCAGUUCUAUCGUUACAAGAUGCCUAAGUUGAUUGCCAAGGUAGAGGGAAAAGGCAAUGGCAUCAAGACUGUGAUCGUCAAUAUGAGUGACAUUGCUAAGGCACUCAGCCGUCCGCCGACCUAUCCCACAAAGUAUUUUGGAUGCGAGCUUGGUUCGCAGACCCAGUUCGACUCGAAGAAAGAUCGCUAUAUCGUGAACGGGCAGCAUGAUGCCAACAAACUGCAGGAUAUCCUCGACGGCUUCAUCAAGAAAUACGUCCUAUGCUCGUCAUGCGACAAUCCCGAGACGGUCUUGACGGUGCUUCCGAAACGUGCAAUCAUCACGACAGCGUGCAAGGCAUGCGGCUACUCUGGUCAGCUAGAGACUAACCAUAAGCUGAACACGUUUAUUUUAAAAAAUCCACCAGAGAGUACGGCAAAAAAGCAGGAUGCCAAAACCCCGAAAAAGGAUAAGAAAAGGAACAACAACAAUAAGGAUAACGCUUCAGAUUCGCCCACGAAUUCCGCAAAUGAAGACAUUGACGGUGAUAAUAAAAAUGAGGCAGAAGAUAACGAUCUCAUCGAAGGAGGCGGUGAUGACGACGACGAUGACUGGGCGGAAGACACGACGGUUGAGGCCAUGCAGCGGAGAAUGCAGGAGCUCUCCGCUGGAGCCAAAACGCUGAUGCUGGACGGAGACACGAACAAGCCCGAGGAAGAGCGUAUCAACAUCUUUUACAAGUUCGUACAGGAUCGCUUGCCGAUAACAUCUGCUAAGUACAAAGAACUUCUGGCCGAGGCAAGCCGAUUGGAGAUCAAGGAGAAGGCGACUAUGGUGCUCUGUGAGCUUGUCCUCGAUGCCGAGGCGAUCAAACUGCUAAAGGCGAACUCCCAAUUGUUCCGGCUGUUUACGAAUGACAACAAAAAGGCCCAAAAAUACUUGCUUGGCGGCGUCGAGCAAACGAUCAAGCUGCAUAAGGAUGCGCUGCUUGCGAAGAGCGCAGUUGUACUGAAAGUACUCUAUGACGAGGAUAUCGUCGAUGAGGAUCAGCUUCUCGAAUGGGCCAAGAAGGUGAGCAAACGGUACGUCGGUAAGGAAUUUGCGGCGCAGAUCCAUGAAAAAGCAGAGCCAUUCAUUACAUGGCUCAAGAACGCCGAGGAAGAAAGCGAGGAUGAUGAAUCAGAUGAGGAUGCGGUGGAAAUCGAGUACGAUGACCGGCACACAGCAGAAGGUCUGAAAGAAGUGAAGGAAGUCGUAUCGAAGCCAAACAUUGGUGGCUCGAAGAGCAAUGGCAAUGGGCCGGGCGCUGAGGAGGACGAUGAGGACGACCUUGAUAUCGAUGACAUCUAAAUACGAGUUAUUACAGGGAGCUGGAGAAUUAAAGAGCGUAAAAUGAGGAUAUGAAAGGAGGCAUAAACAACUCUAAAUCUAUAGAGAACAAACGCUCCCGCCCUUAUUUUUUUGGUGUGAUAUGCUCUCGAGAAGGCAGUAACGAUGCACCCACAUCACCGUGACUCCUAACAAUACGCAGAAUGGAUUCGAAAUCCGUGCUCAUUCCGAACUCGAUCGACGCGACUGGGGCGUUGCGUCUGUAGAAAAAAACUAUCGCCGAUAGAUUUUCUUUCUGUCGGAAACUGAAUAGAAUUGGAGUAAUGUUCGGUGUUUUCGCUGACUGUGGGUUCACUCGUUGACGAUACGUCAUCCUGUUUAGGCAACUGUGUAUGACGUUAUGGUUGUUAGCCUGGAGGUCCGUCCCAAAGGAGAGAGAAAAGUAAUACAAAAACGAGGGUUCCCAAAAGCCUAACAGAAAUAUCAACAAAUAAGACAUACUCUAACGAGUAAAGAAAAUGAGAAAUAACGAAGGAUAAUAUGAAACGAUUCGAGUAACCAAACACCAGACGUGUCCUUCUAUUCUCGAGCAGUCUCCUUUCAAGCUCCAGUCGAGCUUAGGUUCAGUCGUAGCUUUUUGUAAUCUUUUUGCAUUUCUCUGGUCUCUUCUAGAAGAAUUUAUGGUGUAGAGGUUCUUUGAAAAUAAGGAGUUCUAACUGGAAUCGGUACUAUUCAACUGUUUUUGUCAUUAAUGCGCCAGGGUAUUGAAGUCCAUUCACGUCGCAUUUUGUUAUCUGUUAAGUCUUCAUUAGACAACUGCCCAUUUGCAUCGAUCUUCGUGAGGUUGAUGUGCCUAUAAAGUACGCGUUUUAUAUCUAUGAUUAGAUAAAAUGAUUUCGCUAGCUUUUGUACUAUAUGGAAACAUUUCAAGGAUAAGAGAAAUUUGAGAAACACGUGGUUCUGUAGGGUGGUGUUAUGUUAUUUUAAGGCUGUGUCACUAUAUGAAAGAAGUCCUAGGUGAAUUGCGCCUUGUUAGUCCUGGUACAUUACGUGUCUCGAGCUAAAUGAUGUACUAGUAUUAGACUAUAACUGCAGGAAGCUUGUGGUACAUAGAGAAAAAAAAAAGUUAUUUCAUUGAAGUUUUUACACAGGGAGAAAUGCGUACUCGCUAAGAUCUGUCUGCAGAGGAAAUGCAACGAUGCUUAACGAAUGCGCGUUAUUUUCUAGCUAAUGGUACCAUUCAUUAUUGUGGUUGAUGUUCACGAAUUUGAACAAGCCAGUAUUGUCGUCAUCGAACUUAGAGCUCCAGAGAAAAAGUUCGAUGAUGACAAACUGAUAAGGUUUACUGAAAAAUUUCGUUACGUAGUCAAGUAGUGACCUUGGCCACUGCAAUCGUGUCUCUGCAAAUUUUUUGGUGUGAAUUCAAAUCGAAAAGCUAUAUUAUCUUCUAAAUGACAACACAGACACUGUUACUUAAAAACGAUUUGCAAAAAUUCUGCGUCAGCUAGGUGUUUUUUGGUGUCAUGCGUUUAAUAACAUCGCGAUUAUUUGCAUGAAAUAUUACAGUUCAAAAAAUUACCCGAGUGAUCGCUUUCCGUGGGAGUUUUGACGUAGCUCACCGAGAUGUAUCGUGGAAUACUUCAAACACUAAUUUAGAGAACUAAAAAGAAUGCAAGAAGCACAGAUAUCAAACGACGAAGAGCCUGUUGUAACGACGCUUCCAAAAAACAAUAGACCUAAGCUGUGUGCAAGUGACGUGCUUGUGACCCGUUAGACACCGUUUAGUCGUGAUGAUAGUAGUAAAAUAAGGGGAGACGUUUGCAAAGGGUGUUUUGGGGGGGAGGGGGAAGGGGGAGGGGUUACAGAACUGAAGGUGAAUGGAUGGUUGAUUAAGAUGACUAGAGCGAGCCGACUACGUAACGUAAUGGAUCCCUCAUACGUGUGAAUAGCUCAUGUGCCCACAUUAUACAGUAUAGUGUGGUAGAAAAACAACGUCCGGAGGGAAGUCAUCGAAACCGUUUAUCCCUCAUGUACUAACGAAAAGUGCAGGGGAGAAGGUUAGCAUGAAAACAUAAAAUUGACUUGACAGAAAGGUACAAUGAAAUGAAGCGGCAAAAUACGAUGACAUGACAUAACUUUGACAUAUAUAGGAAAAAUUGACAAAACAUGAGCUUUCGAUAAAAUUAAACGAAGAACGCAGAAAAGAGUAAACAUCAAGUAAAUGUCUCUCUUUCUCUCUCUGUCUCUCUUUCUCUCUCUCUCUCUCUCUCUCUCUAUAUUAUAUAUAUA